CAGUGAUUAUGAAUGAGUUGGAGCUAUAGACAAAACCGAAGAAAUAGCUGCUGAAUCGCUCAAACAGUCCGGGACUGAAGUUAAUCGUCUUUGUCUCAUCAGCAUGUUUCUGGUGGGACUUACAGGCGGUAUAGCCUCUGGAAAGAGCACUGUGUCCUCCCUGUUACGGGAGCUGGGCUGUCCCGUCAUCGAUGCUGAUGUGGUGGCACGGACAGUUGUGGAGCCUCAGAGUCCGGCGUACAGCCUGAUCGUGCAGCACUUUGGUGCAGAGGUGCUGCAGGAGAACGGGGAGAUUGACAGGAAGAAGCUGGGUCACAUCAUUUUCGCCAACGCCGACAAACGUCGCCUGCUCAACUCCAUCACGCACCCAGAGAUCCACAAAGCCAUGUUCAAACAGAUCCUGCUCUACUUUCUCAAAGGGUACCGGUACGUGAUUCUGGACGUUCCCCUGCUCUUUGAGACCCGUCGCCUCACUCGGUUUCUGACCCACACCGUCGUCGUGUACUGUGAUCCAGCCACCCAGCUGUCCAGGCUGAUGCAGAGAGAUGGCUUGACUCAGGAGGAGGCUGGGCAGAGGAUUGCUGCCCAGAUGCCCCUGAAUGAGAAGCGUGGUCUGGCCAGCCACGUCAUCGAUAACUCCGGCAGCCGGGACGACACCCACAGGCAGGUCCUCAGGCUUCACACCAAGCUGGAGGACUCCAUGGAAUUCCUGGCUGUCCGGGCUAUCGCCAUGGCCACCGUUGCCGGGCUCGGUGGCCUCCUACUCUACACUGUGAAGCUGCUGGUCUCAUAGCAGCCAGCAAAUUUGGAAGUUUGGAUUUGGAUUUGUUUUUUUUUUUGAGGAAAUCAUUGCCCGUGGUUUCCACAGCGAUGAAUAUGCAUAAACAAAUAAAAGGGAGGAGGAGUACACUGCAAGGUUUAAAGAUGGGUUUG